AUGGCACCUGGUGCACCUCCUCCGCAUUAUGGAGUUGCGGGAGGAGCAGGAUCUUCUUUCGAUCCUGGUCUCCAGCAAAAUCCAUACGCCUACAACUCAGGAGCAGGUCCAGCCGGUGCUGCGCCAGGAGACCUGAGUGGUUAUGGCACCGCAGCUGCUGGAGCUGGAGCAGCCAUGAACGGAGGACCAGGCAUGAUGCAGCAACCUCCGCCUUCCGGCCCCUCGAGUGGACCUGCACACGUCGGGUCCUUGAUCGGUAGUACAACUCCGCCAGGGGGCAUAGGUGCAGCUGGUGGACCUCCCUCUUUCCAGCAAACCGGGCUGCGACCGGAGGACGAGAUCCACCAAUUUACCAUGUUCCAGUAUGGCGUUCUCAAAUGUUACAUUCUCAACUGCUACAUAAAUUUGUAAUGCAAGAAUAGCAAAAAUCAAAGGGGCAAGGUUGCGCCUAUAGCAUUACAAUUUCGGCGCUGUUUCGCCUUUCUCAAAUGUGUCAUGCAAAGCAGCUUGAUCGCGUGGAUCUUGAUGGUAGUUUUGCAUGACAAAUUCGCGUGACAGUUGGGAAUGUAACAUUUGGGGACUCCAUACCCAGACGCUCCUGUGGUUGUUCAUGAUGCUUUUGACCAUGGCUCUGACGGUCGGACCCUGGGUGUACAUUUAUUUCCAGCUGCGAGCGCGACCCUCGGAGUCGCCCUGGUCUUGCUGGUCGGACCUCUACGACAGUUUAGCCGCGGGAGAGCCGGGCGACCCGCUGCCAACGGAUGAAAUCCGGGUUGUGCAGUAAUGUUUAUAUAUAAAUUCUGACGCUAUAAUUUUGCCUAUGCAUCUGCGGCUUGUUUUCCAUUUCCGCUGCACCCCAAUCGAUUACAUCGUCAGUACCGAUGUGUUUCAAGUAUCACAUGAAUACCAAAAUCUUUUUUCGUACAACUUCUAUCUAAAAACAAAAUCACCUCCAGCGAAGCAGACACGGGCGUUUCGGUGAAAAAUGUCAGCGACAUUGCGGAUGUAGCCGUGACGCCGCCAGGAGCCGGACUGGACUACGAGGAGGCAGACGGGGAGUGCUGGCCCCCGAUGGACAUACCAUUGCAGCCGCAGUAUAGUUGCUGUUUUUUGUACGAAAAAAGUUUUGAUAAUGCUAUCUCGUCAUCAUCAUGUAGCGCGAUGGCGGAUAUUAGGCAUAAGCGGGUUGCAUGUCCGUGUGUAGUUCCGUUCAGAGUGUCGAGUAAUUCUACCGUCCCGAAAUACUCUUCCCCCCCUAAGACAUCGAAGCCGCACGACGAGUCGUGAAGCAUAAUUCAUCACUUCUACAUGGCUGAAUAUAGAACGACGUGUAUCCUCAUCGGCCCAACUUGUGCUCCAUUAAUUUCCAUUACAGAACGUCGGACAUGCUGAUAUUCUAUGAUGACAACCAAGUCGCCGCGGGGCAUAUGGAUCGGCUACUGAGCCUCGCGGAAACAGAAGCCGGGCAACCCAUCGACACGUCCGAGUACUUCAAACACAGGAGAGCGCAGCUGGUUAAUUGAAGAGAAAAAACGCGUGGUCUUCAUUCUGCGUUUUGAAUGCUUGGUCUGUAGUUCUAGUUGCUCAUGCUUGUGGAAGUAGUAGAACUACAACUGAGCCUGAUCUUUCUGACACCAUCACUACAACAUCAUGAGCCAAGCUCCGCGAGGACUUGCCUUGGUCGGUGAGAAAGAAGCUCAUCGUCCGAGGGCUAAGUCUUGUUUCGAGGGCUGGAUUUAUUUUUCGAGAAUACCAAUAGGAAUACCGGAAGAUGAAAACAAGAUACGUCUCUCUUGCAGAACAGCGAU